GCGGAAAGGCAGACAUGCCCGCACAAUACCAAACAUAACUAUCGAAUGAAAGAGACAUAGCACAAUCGAAAUCUCACGCCGCAAUUGCAUGGCAGAACAAUUGAUCACCACCAACCUUUCAUCCUAAGGACACUCCCAUCCACCUCCGCACAUAACACACCCCAAACUCCGCACAUUCAACCAUACACAAACCCACACACCAUGUUCCAAUCCCUCCUCCGGCUCCUCGGCCGCGCGCCCAAAAACACCCUCCCUCCCUUCGACUUCAAACGGAACCGGUACCCCGCGAUCAAGAAGUGGCCGCCGAACCUGCGCGAGCUCACCGAGAAGCAGCAGUUCCGCUUCGAGCGCAAGUUCAAGCGCCGACUGCGUCUGAAGUCGAUAAAGCCGACGUGGAAUAAGUGGGUGAAGAUCGUGCAGUGGAGUCUGAUUGGCGGGGUCACGGUGUAUGCGGUCUUCUUCUAUGAUUUCAGGAAGGAUCCUAUGAAUCCGAGACCUGGGGAGCAGCCGUUUGAUUGGUUGAGGGCGUGGACGAGGGAGAAGUUGGGGGGCGUUUGGUCGGUGGGGAGUGGGAGUUCGACGAUAGGGGAGAGAGGGCAGAGGAGAGUGUUGGAGGAGGAGUUGGAAGUGAGGAAAGAGGGGGAUGUUCUGCCGGCUGGAUAUGAGGAAGCUGUAGGAAAAAGGCGAGGAACAUGAGCAGAUUUGAGACAAUGAUACCCAUCGACCGGAAGUCGGGCACCUCGCUAUGUUUUCUGGAAUCGAACAUAUCGAUAUUGUGGCCUUCUGCCAAUGUCAGAAACAUGACACGACCAGCGUACCCUGGAUAUCACUGCGACAAUCUUCCACCGUUGCAAAGCAAUACCUAGGCGGCUCCCUGGACGUUACAUGCCACGAGCCCUAAGGUGUUCAUGACAUGCUAUCGCGGAGACAACAAACUGGGCGCCUCCAGGAACGAAACCAAGCAAGAGUUAACGACAGCGUUCUUCACUAUAUCCAGCCAGGUCUCGAAGGAGUUGCCAGUCUUCUUCUUGUAAAUAUUGGUAUAUGUAAAACAAAGGAAAUGUACAAUAAGUAAAAUCAAAUCAAAGAGUUCGGCAGACAUGCCAAAA